AUGGCGGAAUCGGCGAAGCAACACAUUGAUCGGAUUCGGAGGACUAAGUUUUCAAUCGGCGGCGCUGAGAAUCCUUUGACGGAGGAUCUUCAUCAGGCCGUGAAGAAUCUCUCCGCAGAGCUCUACGCGAAGGAUGUUCACUUCCUCAUGGAGCUUAUCCAAAACGCUGAGGAUAAUGAGUACCCGGAAGGUGUUGAUCCAUCUCUUGAGUUUGUGAUUACAUCUGAGGACAUCACAGCCACUGGAGCUCCGGCCACUCUCCUUAUCUUCAACAAUGAGAGGGGUUUCUCUGAGAAGAACAUUGAGUCCAUUUCCAGUGUUGGAAGGUCCACCAAGAAAGGGAAUCGAAAACGCGGUUAUAUCGGAGAGAAAGGGAUUGGUUUCAAGAGUGUGUUUUUGAUCACUUCUCAGCCUUAUAUCUUCAGCAACGGCUAUCGAAUUCGAUUCAACGAGGCACCUUGCAGCCACUGCAGUCUUGGCUACAUUGUUCCCGAGUGGGUUGAUCAGCAUCCUUCUCUUGUCGACAUACAAAGGAUCUAUGGUUCGGGUUCUUCUGUUCCCACAACAACCAUUAUCUUGCCGUUGAAGACUGACAAAGUUAAGCCGGUGAAAGAACAGCUCGGUAAUGUCCAUCCUGAAGUUCUGCUGUUUCUAUCGAAAAUCAAGCGUCUCACUAUCAGAGAACACUGCCAAGAUCCGAAGCUCACCACUGUGAACUCUAUCGGGAUUGUUAGCGAGACUAACUUUGUGACGAGGAAGAGUAUUGAUGCCGAGUCUUACACAAUCCAUCUCUCUGCUCGUGAAAACGGGAAGAAUUCUGAAAAAGAAUGCAGUUACUAUAUGUGGAGGCAAAAGUUUCCGGUGAAACAUGAGAACCGUGUGGAAAGGAGAAGCGAUGUUGAGGAUUGGGUGAUAACUUUGGCGUUUCCAUUUGGAGAGCGUCUUGGCCGCGGAAAUAGCUCUCCCGGUAUCUAUGCAUUCCUUCCCACUGAGAUGGUGACAAACUUCCCGUUCAUAAUUCAAGCAGAUUUCAUCCUAGCAUCGUCCAGGGAAACUAUACUACUUGAUGAUAUAUGGAACCAAGGGAUUCUCAACUCUGUUCCGUUGGCUUUUGUGAACGCAUUCACCUCCUUGGUGAAGAAGACCGAUGCUCCGGUUUCUAGCUUGCUGCCUGCUUUUGGGUUCUUGCCUGUAAAGCAAUCUACUUAUGCCAAGCUGAACCUUGUUCGAGAAUCUGUGAGGACCAGGAUUUCUGCAGAGGAAGUUGUGCCAAGCGUCUCACAUUUGGGUCAGAAGUUCUUCCACAGGCCUUGUGAAGUGGGGCGUCUCAUUCCUGCUUUCUGGGACAUCUUGGAGAAAGCGAGAAGAGAAGGCGCGAGCUUGCAGAACAUUUCGUCGCACGGUUUGUACAUACUGGAUUCUUCUUUCGAUAGGCCUGAAAACGACGACGUUCUGGAUUUCUUGGGUUUGCAGAAAGUCAGCGACGAAUGGUAUGCAAAAUGCAUUCGGGGCUGCGAUCUUAUGACAAGUGUAUCAGAAAAUACGUAUGUGGAGGUUCUUCUUUUCAUAGCUGAGAAUUGGAAGUCCAUGUUUCAGGGUACAAACAUGGUUAAAGUUCCGCUUAUCAAGUUCGUUGUUCGAAAGGGAGUGACCUCAGUUAGUAGUUUGGCAGAGUUCAGUCCACGGACAUUAUGCUUGUCCACUGAUCAGAACCAGUCAUGGCUGCUUGAAUGGAACGAUGAGUUCAGAUGCAUGACUAAGUUCGUUUUCUUGCCACAGACAACCCGGUCAGCGUUGAAAUCUUGCUCCAAGAAGGAAACAAUUCUCAAUUGGCUAAAAGAGAAGAUUACCGUUGCAUCUCUUAGUGUUUCUGAGUAUGCAAAACGUCUACAGGAAAAUCUUAAUGGAGAUAAGAGGAUCGUGGUUGCCUAUGCACACUUUCUGCAUCACUCACUGAGGAAGGAUGUUUUAUCGAGUGGUGAGGCUGUUAAAUGUUGUCAAGACAUGCCGCUUGUGGACAACUAUGGAAAUGUCAACACAAGAAGGAAUGGGGUUCUUGUUCCUGCUAGCGCAGGUAAAUGGGUCAGCCUAAUUGGGUCUGAUCCUUGGAGGCAGGAAGGCUAUAUAGAACUCUGGGAAGAGUAUCUGUUACCUGGCAGGUUUGCUGGUGUGCGGUCUAAUCACAGAGAGCUUCUCGAGUUUUUGACAUGUUAUGCUAUGGCUGGAGAUAUACCUUACAUAAAACCACCCAAUGCUGCUAUACCUGCGUUGUCUGGGGCUCUAAGAAAGGAGAAUGCUCUCUUGCUUUUGGAGUGGAUUAAGUGCAAUAGAGAUUCUCUUCCUCCCAAGUUUCUGGAAUCUGUUAAAGGAGGCAGCUGGUUGAGAACAACGUUGAAUGGAUUCUCUGAUUAUCGGUCUCCUUCUCAGUCGUUCUACCAUACUUCAUCAUGGGGAAGUAUUCUGCAGGACAGUUCGAUUCUUGUGGAUAUUCCACUUGUUGAUCGAAGCUUCUAUGGGAAAAAGAUUGAGGAGUAUAAAGAAGAAUUAAAAGCUGCUGGUGUUAUGUCUGAGUUCAGUCAAGCCUGUGAAUUUGCUGGUAACCAUCUUAUGAGUUUAGCUAAGACAUCGUCAUUCUCAAGAGCCAAUGUAUUCUCGAUUCUGAAAUUCAUCAGGCACUUGAGAAAGGAGCUCCUCUCACCACAGAGUUUCAUCGGAGCCGUCAAAAAUCAUCCUUGGCUAAGGACAAGUUCCGGUGAUAGAUCUCCAGAUGGAGCUGUUCUGUUCAGCCAAGACUGGAAAGCUGCGUCGCUGAUCAGUGAUAUUCCAUUCAUUGAUAGAGUUAUCUAUGGUGAAUUUGACAUCAACAAUUUCAAGGAAGAGCUUGAGUUGCUAGGCGUUGUAGUUCAGUUUCCUGACUACAGCCUCAUCGUUUCUCAUCUAAAUCCUUCGAAGCUGAAUUAUCUGACACCUGAUGCACUGUUCCUGGUUCUUGAUUGCGUGCGUCGUUUAAGUCCUUCAAAGUUGAUAAAUGCCCUGAGAAAUUCUCAAUGCUUCAAGACGAAAAGUGGCUUCAAAAGUCCUGCCGAGUGUUUCAUACCUGAUCCGGAAUGGAGUUGCCUUCUAUCUGUUUUUGAUUGUUUCCCGUUGAUCGACGAAGGUUUCUAUGGAAGCAAAAUCUUUUCCUACAAGGAGGAGUUGAAGCUAAUUGGUGUUGUGGUUCAGUUUGAAGAAGCUGUGAAAGGGUUUGUGCGCACAUUUAAGCACAAAGCUUCUACCUCUGGUCUAACCCGAAGUACUGCCUUGUCUCUUCUGUCUUGCUACAGGCAACUGUUGGGAGGUCAUCUUAAGUAUUCUGAAGAUCUAUUGAAAGCCUUCAAAAAGUCAAAAUGGCUGCAUACCAAACUUGGUGAUUUUCGCGCACCAAAAGACUGCAUUCUCUUAGAAGAAGGAUGGGAACCUCUCCGCCUCAUUGCGAAUCUCCCCUUCAUCGAUGACAGCACAAACUGGUACGGUAAAAGUAUACACGAUUACAAGAAAGAGCUAGAGCUCUUGGGAGUUACAGUUGAGCUGAGAAAAGGCAUGAGCCAUUUGGUUAGCUCCUUAAGUCUCCCUGAUCCGUCUCGCAUCACUCCUUCAAGCGCACUGUCUCUUCUUCAGUGCAUCAAGUUCUUGCUUAAGGACAGAUUUGGGAAACUCCCUGAUGAGCUUGUUACAAAGGCUUCUGUCAAAUGGUUGAAGACGCAUGCUGGUUACCGCAGUCCGAAUGAGUGUCUCUUGUUUGAUAACAGCUGGGAUUUAGAGCCGUGUGAUGGUCCUUUCAUCGAUGAAGAGUAUUAUGGCUCAGAGCUUAAAUCGUUCAAGGAAGAGCUAGUUGCGAUUGGAGUUAGCCAUGAUCAAGCCAAAGCUUGUCAGUUGCUUGCUAGCCACAUUUGUUUUGCUGAAUCUGAUGCGAUAUCUCGGAUAUAUAGAUUUCUCUGUAAAUCUGAAUGGAAACCAGAGAAGGGUGCGUCUUUAGACCGAAUCUGGAUCCCGGAUGGUGAAAAAUGGGCUGAUGUUUCUAGCUGCGUGCUCUAUGACAAAGACAAGCUCUUUGGAUCAAAGCUUAACGUUCUUGAAAACCAUUACGACAGUGAAAAGGAUUGCGAUCUUCUUGGCUUCUUCUCAUCUGCAUUUGGCGUGAGAACUAACCCUUCGAUUGAUGAUUACUGUGCUUUGUGGAAAGAUUGGGAAACAACUAAAGACAGAUUGUCAAACGACGAGUGUUGUGCGUUCUGGAGGUUCGUCGUGCGACACGGUAACAACACUGUUCUUGAGUUCCUCUCUAAAUCAGUUUCGCGUUUGCCUGUUAACGCACCAGAUAGUAGCAACAAUGGAGGAAUAAUGCUAUCAAACAUGAGCGACGUGUUCAUAGCAGAUGACUUGCUCUUGAAAGAUCUGUUCAAAGGUUCCCCUGUUUUCGUCUGGUACCCAACUCCAAGCAUCAAGACAUUGCCACAAACGAAGCUUAUGGAGAUUUACAGAAAAAUCGGCGUCAAAGAGAUCUCCAAAUGCGUGGAGAUGGCAGAAGCUGAGUUAACUGACGGAUUCAAGAUUGAGCAGCAAGAGAAUAAUCUGAUCAGUCUGGGGUUAGUGAGGCUCAUUCUCGGGUUUCUCUCUGAUCCAUCUCUCAAGAUUGAAGCUGAGGAACGUUCUAGAAUCAUUCAUGGACUUGUUAGCCUUAAGGUUCAGGAAACUUCGGAGGCAAUCUCGACGGAAUAUACUCUGAAGCUACUCUCAAAAGGAGAGAAGCUGAUCGCAAAGGCUAAGCAGAUGAUAAGGUGGGAGAGAGAGGGAGGAGUUGUGUAUGCAGAGAAGAUGGAGAAAGCGUGUGGGAAAAGAAAGGUUUUGGAAUACGCCACGUGUUUCGGCGAUGUGAUUGCGAAAGGAGUGUUGUGGGAGAGAGAAGAUCUGAUCGGACGGCUGUCUGAGCUUGUGAAAAUGGCUUGCUUGGUGGAGUUUGAUGAAGAUGCUUUAGAGUUUCUAAUGAAGUCCAAGAACCUUCAGGUCUUUGAAGAAGAUGAGAAACUCAUCUCAGAUGCCUUUUCUCUCAAGAUGGUGAAGUAA